AGUCGCGCGACGGCUUUCGCCCCGGCCAGUCGAUCGAGCUCCUCUCCGCCUCGCGCCAUGAGAUCGUCGAGAGAUCGAGUCGAUCCGGUUCGCGGCUCGCGGCAUCCGACAUCCAACAUGUGAUCGAUCCACGCGUGCAUUCGGUUCGUGCACCCGAUCGUGAAUCGUAUCCCAUUCGAUCACUCGAAUGGGGAGGAGAGAAACUCGUGGAGAGUCGGCGGUUGGGGUCUAGAUUGGGGUGGUUGGGUGACAACAUUUCGGGGCACGCAACCACCUGUGUUGGUUGGUGUCGGAUUACUUUUCGUAGGAUAAUUGUGUUGUGCGGUGUUAAGCGGAGGAUGGUCGAGGACGGUUCGAGAUCCUUUCGGUGAUAUUGUAAUAUUGAUACCGUUCGACGAUUAGAAGGGGUAACCGUUGCGUGGGAUAAUAAACCGUGCUUUCCACGAUGCACUCGUAACAUCUCGAUCCCGGAUUCUCACCAGUGUACCAAAGUUUCCGGCGGAAGUGUGAAACAUCGUGUCGUGUUUCGUUUAAACGUGCGCCGAGCAAACAUGAUUAAAUUGAUGGGGCGACAGGGGUCGUGUGCCAAGAUGGACGAAUUGAUUUCGAUCGAAGCGGAAAUCGUGUUGCCAUUUUAGCGACGAGAAAGCAUCCGGAACAAUCUAUCCAUCGAGACAUCUGGACGUCAUUCAAGGAGCAACGACACGAUUCUCUUUCUUCCCGAAGUUAUUGCUUAUUCCGAGCAUGACGAGAUCCGUGCCCAGACCGUUUCGAGCCCAACCCAUCGUCGAAAGAUGACUCUCGCGAGGAGGGAUCAUCGAAUCAUCGUGCCACGGUUCCUCGACGAUUUUCAAUAUCCUCCAAGCAUCCGUAGAAUCGACAGCAAUUAUCAGGGAUUAACUUCGAGGAUAUAUAACAUCGAGGAAUAAUCUUGGAAACGGGAGGAGGAGGGAAGUUUGUUCGAGAGAGCAGCGAGGGUGGAUCGAGAGGAAUUCCGGAUCAUCGAGUCGGCGAGAGAGAGAGAGAGAGGAGAGAGAGGAUCAAUGAGAUGCUAGGUCCGCUGUGAAAAUGCUGGUCGACGAUUGCGGCAGCACGAUGGGGUGGACUUCGGCCAGCGUGCGCGGGGGUUGGUCCACCCCUGGCGGGUGUAGGAAUUCCGCGAUCAACUUCGGUGGCAGCGUGCCCUCCCUUCACCCUGCAGGCUCGAUAAGGUCGCUGCGAUCCCAGCAUUCUAUGCAGGGUAUGCCGGAGACACCGCGAAGAUGCAUGCACUGCCACCCAAUACACGUGCCGAGCACCCCGAGCAAUUACGUUCACCAUCCCAUGCAGUAUUACACGCCGAGCCACUGCCCUGAGCCAAGGAAUGGCGUGUACACUCCUCAUCGGGGCAAUUCUUAUCACGGUGAUACUAGGAUGCGUUAUAUGGACACGGAGGGGAGUAUGCACGAUGGCAUGAUCGGGAACAACAAUUGGAUGCUCGGCGAUCUGAGAAGCCUCCAUCGUUGCGUGCCAACCUUUCGUCGUCCAGGCAUAGACGUGGGCGGUAUGCGAACGCAUUUCUAUCCAGAGGGUGGUUGGGGGUGGUUGGUCUGCGCAGCUGGGUUCCUCGCCCUGUUGCUCACUACCGGAAUGCAGCUCGCUUUCGGGCUUCUUCACGUUCACGCCGUGAGACGAUUCGGCGAGGAACAUCUCAUGGAUCUUGCGUGGGUGGGCGCUUUGAGCGCUGCCGUCUCGCGUGGAUCGGCACCCUUGGUCGUUGGCGCGUGUCGUCGAGGAAGUACAAGGCUUACAGCGGUGAUCGGGGGUCUCGUGCUGGCAUUGGCCUCCCUCUUCACCUCUUUCGCCGCAGAAUUGCACCAGGUACUCCUUAGCUACGGCGUGGUGCUGGGCACCGGGGCUGGCCUCGUGAGAGAAACUGCCGGUCUGGUGCUGGGCCAUUACUUCAGAAAACGGCGAGAAUUCGUCGAGAUGGUCGUGCAAGCUGGCGCUGGGGUGGGGAUCGUGCUCUUCAGCGUCUUCUACAGGGAGGCAGUCGGAAAGUUGGGCUGGGAGCGUGGGAUGCAGUCGGUAACCGGAGCCCUGUCGCUGGCUUUCUUCCUGGGCUUGAUUUAUAAGAGCGCCUCUCUCUAUCAUCCGCAACGGCGGGCAAUGUUACACGUGAAAAAUCAACGAGGUGGGAAGUUAAAGGAGAAGAAGACCCCGUCGAAGCCGCCAAGGCAGCCGUGGGUGGAUCUCAGCCCUCUUGGAAGUCGCCCUGUCAGGAUGUUGAUGCUGGCUGCCGGGGCAGCCGGUUUCGGUCUUUAUACACCCGCCUUUUACAUCGCUAUCCAGGGCCACAAAGACGGUUUGGAGGCUAGUGCGGUCGUGCUCCUGCAAACUUGCCUAGGUUUGGCAGCGGCUCUCGGUUGCGCGGCUUGGGGAGUCGUUACCGCCAGACCAUCUGCCCAAUGCCUGGUGUCCAGACAAUAUCUCUGCCAGGCGGCUCUUCUCGGAGUUGCUAUAGCUCAAGUGGCAUUGGGCAGCGUGCAAGGCUACCACGGGUUGGUAUUGGCUUCCGGUUUGUACGGUGCGUCUCUCGGUGGAGCCCUUUACUCCUUAAAAAUGUUAGCCCUCGAAAGAUUAAGAGCCAGACACUUCGCACGCUCCUGGGCACUUGUGCAGGCCGCAGAAGCUUUACCUAUUCUUCUCGGAGUUCCUCUUACUGGUUACAUGAACGCGAACAGCUCGAGGGUGGGUUAUUACGCGUGCACGUUAAGUUCCUUGUGCGGUGCAGCGUUACUUUUUCUGGUGGGUUGGGGUCGCCAACCGGCGUCUCCUCUUCUUCCUGGCUCGUCGCACCUCUCAAAUAUGAGCAUACCUCCGCCGUGUGCCUGUCCUCCACCGCCAAGGCCGAGGCUGCCCAAGUCCCAGUCGUUGCACGUGCCCCUCGACGAAGAGCAUUUCCGCGAGAGAGAGAUGGAGAGGAUGCAUACUGCCGAACACUAUUACCAACCGCAAUUCUAUGGGCCUCUGAGACCCAGCAAAAGCGUGCCCGAGGGUCUGAGUCAUCAGGACUCGUACAGAAGUCGGCCGAGACGACACAGGGACGUAACUGUGAUCGAACAGAUCACCACUAGCGUUUAAUGAAUAAAGAAGAAGGGGUAAAGAGGAGAGGAAUGAAUUAUUUGAUGGUGUAAUGUUGAUCGUUGAGAUGGACAAGCUUGGAGCUGUGAUGGAAACGUUGGGAUUCUUGAGAAAUUGUUUAUUGUUGAUGUCUUAUGUUAGGCCUGGCCAACUCUUUGGAUGGUCAUAGGAAUUUUUUAAUUUAUUUUGAAAGUGUAAGUUGUAAUUUAUGUUUUAUUUUGAUAAUCAAAAGAUUGGAAUCUUAAGAAAUUUUUUAAAUUAAUUUUGUUUACUUCAAUUUAUUAAUUUUGCAGGUAGAAUUCAAAGUUGAGUAUCUUUUAAAAUCUUAGAUUUUAUGGAAUGUAUAAUAAUUCCAAAAAUUUGAUCGAUAGUGCGAGUAAUGAAACGGAUUUUUAAAAGUUUAACAAUGACAAACCCAAUUGUGGAUAAAAUAACUAGACUAUAUAUAUUUGUACAAAUUUAUAUUUUUAAAGAAUCUAAGAAAUUUCUUUUGUUCAUUUCAUUUGCAAACCAGUGGAACAGUUUAAGUUAGCUAGGUCUGUUUUAGAUGAACAAGGUUUGAUUAAAAAAAAAUAUUGUCGAGAUUGUCGCGGAGUCUUUGAUCAUUAUUUAUGUGAAUCCGUACGUACGCUUCUUGGAUCCCUGAUGGAAUGGGAAUAAGAAGAGGAAGAUUCGCAAUAGCUUGCCUUGAAGAUUGUAAUCUGAGACAAUGAGAGACUUUACGGUGAAGAAGGAUCUUUACGACCGCGGUAAAUCUGGGAUUGUACUGUUUUUAAGAUUCAAGAAUCGCUGUAGCAAGUACACAUAUACGUUUUUCUUUUUCUAAAUUUUUGACAUCUUUUUAGUUUCCGAUGAAUAAUCAUAUAAAAUUUGAUUGUGUUAUAAAUCUUUUGAUGUUUUUAAGAUUGCUGCAUAAUAAUGUGGAUUAUUUCAUUGUGGAUAAAUUUAUUUAAUUCAUAAUAAUUUUUGAAAAAAUUUUAUUUUAUUUUAUUGUGAUUAAAGGUAGGAUAUUUUUAUAUAAAUUUUUUAUUUUGAUUUUUGAAUGUAAAAAUCUAAAAAUUUUCAUUUUCAGCAUAUGAACCUGUUCAACUUUCUCUUACUUAUUCUUUGAACUGACGUAUUUGUCGUGAAAUUCUUUUCAUUCGGUGGAAAACAAAGGUCAGAUUGCGCUCAAGCUUCGAAAGGCCAGGAAACGUCACGUAAACCAUUUUCUUCACUUUCGUUCUUCAUUCAUCCUGCAUUCGAAUCCUAUGCCUGAAAACAAACGUAUCAAAUGAAAUUUCCAAAUAUUCAAUAUACAGGGUGGGUCGCCUGAUAUUAUUUUCAUUCUUAUAUUUUACACAAUGAUUAUUACAAAAAAUAUUAAUAUUAAUAAAUUGGCAAAAUAUUAAUAUUAAUAAAGUUUUUAACAAAUUUUUACAAUUUUACAAUUUUAUCUCACGUAAUAUAAUAAUUGAAAGAUCUUUAUUUAAAAUAAUCAUUUUAUUAUCUUUUUUAAAAUAGAAAAAUAUUUUAAUAUUUUAAAUUCUUCAAUAAAUUAAAAUCUUUUUAACAAAAUACUCAUUAAUAUUAUUAUUAAAAAUUUUAUCUAUAAUUAUAAAAAAAUUAUAGAUAAAAUAUAUCUACAUCCAAAUCUAUAUCAAAUCAUAAAAUUGUGAAUUUUAAUUUUAUCAGGAGACCACAUUAAUAAAAUUUAAAAAAGAUAGUUUUUACUACAAAUUUAAAUUUUUCUAAAAAAAAAUUUCUUACAUUCUGAAGUCUUUCUCAAAAUGUUUAAAUUCUGUUAUUGUUAAUUCCUCUCGAUAUUCGAUUUACCCUGUACAUCCAUUUUCAUUCCCCAUUCAGUUUUCAAUUUCGAAACCUUCGUUGUUCUUUAAAAUCCGACAAUUAUUGCCCAUUAAUGUGCGUGGCCAGAAAGCAGAAGAGCGAAUGGAUGAAGAGCGGAGGGACGCGUAAUAAUCUUCUGGUUCGGUUAAUCGAAACGAUCUUUUGUAAGCACAAUAUCCGUGAACAAUACAAAGGCUAUUAUCGUAAUGGUGUUCGUAUGGUAGAUAUAUAUAUUUGAAAUACACCGCGGUUGACAUCGAAAUCUCAUUGUCAUCGGAAAUUCUAUUCAACUGGAUCCGAUUGGCAGAUGCCAAGCCGACGAUGCGUGUCGAAAACAGGAUAGCCCGUGUGCAAGAUCAUCCAACAGCCGAAUCUACGCCCUCAUCGAGACCAACGAAAUUUUCAUUCGAGUUUGCAUCGAUCACGCGUUACUGACCCUGCAAGUGGAUGCUGGUGGAUCAGAAAUGGACCACCUAUGACGAACGUGAAGCGAUUGAUGAUGAAGUAGAGGAAUUCCAAGGCUUCUUUUGAAUAUUUUUUGAAGGGUGACGAUAUGUAGGUUGAGUGUCUUUAUUUGUUGAAUGUUGAGAAUAGAAAAAUGUGUGAUAGAAACUAAAUUUUGAAUUAUUAUUAAUUACAAAGAUUUUUAAAGAUUGUUAAGAAAUUGAUUGAAUUUAUUAAAUUUUUAGGUGUGACAAUGAUUAAUUUUAUAAUAUAAUAAACUAUUGGAACAUUAAUGAAAUUUACAAAAUUUUGAUUAAUAUAAUUUUGAUUAAUAUAAAUGAUUCUAUAAUGAAAUAUUAAUUUACAUGGAAUAAUAAACUUGAUUUCAAUUAUCAAGCUUGAUUGCGCAAAUGAAUAAUGUAUUGUUGCUAAAUAGUUAAUGAAUAAUUUAGUUCAUUAUUAGUUUAAUAAUAUAAUGAAGCCAUUUUAAUAGUCUGAGUGAUAAUUAUUUAUAAUUAUUAUCGAUCAUUAAAUUGAUAAUUAUAUACAUAUUAUAAAAUUAUUUUUAAAUCAAAAGAAGACACUUCGAAUUCCUCGAAUAAUAAAGAAAAUAUAUCGGAUUUUUUGGAGAAGAUAAUCUUGUUGACUCGAAAACGCGAGUUAACCAAAUUCGAGUGAAAGAAAAAGAUAAUGAGUGUUUAGGAAAACAAAUAUUAAAAUGUUAACGUGCACCAUGAAGAAGUUUUAUGCCUCUCAUCUGUUGAUGAUGAAAAGUGAAAUGAAAAGAUGGUGUUAAAACGUAUGUAAAUGAAAUUUAUAUAGUCUAUCUGAUGUAUAAUUGCAGUAUCAAAAUAACUUAGGGAAAUAUUAUCCAUGUUAAUGAUUUCUUAGUUACAAUGUUACUAUGAGAGAGGUAUAUAUCUAUACGUAUAUCUUGCUUUAUUUUUUAGUUAAUUUUUCUAAAUUUUUCAAAAAAUAUAGUAUCAAAAAUUUGUUCUUUUUUUUUUAAUUAUAUUUUAUCAAAACUAAAAUGUUAACUCUUUCAAAUAUUUUCAUUUAAAAUAUUUAUUUAAAGAAAUUAUUCAAAUAUACAUGUAAAAAUACCUUUCUAUGUUCGUUUAAAAAGCAUUCAACCGUAAAUGGAUCGAUACUUCUCUCUCGUGUGUGUUCAGAAAAUAACAUUUAGGAUUAUAAAAAAAAGAGAACAAGAGCAGAAAAAGCAAGAAAAAAAAGAAAAGAAAAGAGACGAGGAAAUGAAGAAUCGACAUAUGCCGUAUGACAUAAUCGAGUUUCUAGAGAGAAAGAUAUACAUAUAGAAGAUGGAGCUGGUCUCCAUGAUCAUGACACAAAAUCAUUUAGAAACUUUACUUACGUUUUAAUAAUACGUUACGUAGAAACCUGGAAAGUAAGUACAAUUUAGGAACAAUUAAAUGUACGCAUAAUGAUAAUAACGAUAUAACGAAGAAAAAGGAAUCAAAAGGGCACGCUCAUGAUCGAAUAUAUCGGCGAAUCUUCUGUAAUUCAUCUAUAAUAUAUCCAAAAGCUCAAUUAUUGUCCUUGUUAGAUGGACGAUCGUUGUUUUCUUUCUAAUUUAUAAAAUAAGAAGAGAAAAAGGUCAGAAGAGGAAAUAGACUUUAAAGAAAAAUGCUUAAAAAAAAUUGUACAGCCCGCAAACAAAUAUUCUAUCCGUAGCUGAUUAAACUUUUCAUUCAGAUUCUAGUAGAAAUUAUUUGCUAUUAAAAAUGGAAUCUUUGUGUAAGAAUCCAUUGAUAAAAAAUCGAGAUACGUUGAGUCAAUAUUACAAUCUUUGACUGGUGCCUCUUUCAUGUUCAUUAAAAUUAUAAUUUUAUGGAAAUUAAUUCAAAAAUUAAAUAUGUGGAAAGAUUAAAAUAAUACUCGAAUUGAUAUUUAUAAUAAAAAAGCUAGAUUUAAUUAUUAAAUACCGAUUUACUUUUGAAUAUUAUUUUUCUCUUUUCGCAUAAUUAAUUUUGAAAUUAAAAAAUUGUUGAAAAAUAUUAAAUUUUGAUUUCAGAACCUCAAUGUUAAAAGUAUUUAAUUUGUCUUCCAAAAAAUCAAAAAUAGAUUUUUGCAAUAUUUCAUAAUUUUAGUUUAAAUUCAUCCAAUUACAAAAAAUUAAAAAAAAAUUCUUAAUUAAUAAAAUUUCAAAAAAAAGUUGAACGAAAUUACUAUGCCAAUCUCACGACACCAGACAAAGAUUCGAACAUUUUAUUCCUACUAGCUCUUAAUAAAUCAAAAAGAAACUCAUCUCGAAGACUUUGAUACAGCAAUCGAGUCACCGAACGAUAAAGUGAUUAGUACCUGAAUAUUAAGUGUUCUAGGUUUACGCGACUAUCGUUUGUUUAUCGCGAUUAAAAAAAAAAGUGAAAUAAAGAGGAGAGAAGAAAUUCUAUUCGCUAGCUUUUAGUGCAUGUUUAUCGAAGCUCUUCAAAACGAUUCACGAGCUUCUGAGAUGAUGUUUACAUAAAAAGAAACUCAAACGAGAAAUUGAAAGAUGCCACAAGAACGUUUGCCAAGCCAAAGAGAAUCUUAACUCGGAUGUACAAACGAUUCGCUUUGCUAGAUGGUCCCCUGAAGGGACACCAUAUUGUACGCUUCCGCUUCUUGCUGUCGCUCCACACGUUUAAAAUCGCUGUCGAAGAUCUAUCGAAAGUUUUGCUUCGUCAGUUCAACUAGAACUGUUCGACUAGAAAAUAUUUCGUACGACUAACAGGGUGUAACGAUCCGGAAAAUCAAAGUAGAUUGUCGUAUGAGAUAAAAUUCAACUUCCGUUUAAAUUUUAUUAAAAUUUUAGCGAUUUGAAGAAAAUUUAAAUCUUGCGAAAUAUGUUUUACUUUUUAAUUUUUUAUAGGUCUCUAUAUACAUAUAGAGAUCGAAUUUUUAGAUUUUUAAUCGUAAAAAGAAAUUGAUUUUAUUAUGAAACUUUGAAAGUGAUUAAGUAGAAUAUCGAAUUUUAAAUAACGAUAGACUCAGGAAGUUUCGAUGACCAAUUACUUCGAGAAUUAUAAACUUUUGUUUACCUCUUUGACAAUUUAACUUAUGAAUAAAGAUAGAAGUUUUCUAGUUUACUAUUAUUCUUAAAUUUAAAAAUUUAAUUUAAAAAAGAACUAUAUUUUUUUUAGUAUUUUUUUAUUUUUAGAUUCUCGUAAAAAUUUAGUUUAAAACCAUAUUGAAAAUUAAUUUAAAUAUUAAAUAUUAAUUUCUUUAGAAUUUCUAAAAACUUAGAAAAUUGUACAUACGCUUCUUAAUCGUGAUUUAUAAAACUUUUGUUAAAUUGUCAAAGGAUUAAAGCAAAAAUAUAAGAAAAAUCAUCACGAGUUCAUGAAAGCACAAAUGAAUGGAAUCCAUGCGAACAACUCUUGCUUCUAUAAUGUCUAACAGACCUGGAAUUUAUUAAAAUGAAAAAAAAAUAUCUCAUAAGUACCAAUGAGUAUUAAAAAUUAACGAAUCGUUUGAAAAACAUAUUAUAUAGUUUCUAAUAUACGGAGUUUCGCCUAGUUAGACGAACGAUAUACGAAAUUUUCACGAAUAAGAGAAUCGAUAUGUCGUUCCUUUCGAUCUAUUCCACUCUCCUUCGAGAUGUUCGUGACACUCUUCGUUAAUUCUCUCUGUGGUGAAUUGUUUGUAUACUGCCAAUUUUUAUAAAACAUUAUUCGCAUAGUAAUUCUUCAAUAUCUUCGUGAAUGAUCAAACAUUUUAAAUGUAAUAAUCCGAAUGUGGAACAGCGAAUUACUUGAACCAGCGGAAAAUCACUCAUCGUAGGAUUAACUAUCCUUAUCGAAACAUCUAGCACGAAACACAUGUAUUUUCGACGAUAUAUUGUAUUUCGAUUUCAAUCGUGAUCGAGAGUUAAAUAAAGAAAAUCGAAAAUGCGAAUUUUUUUCAAUUUUUUUCAAAUUAUUAUUUAAGUCAAAUUUCAAUAAAAUAAAUGUUCUUGAUAAAUUAUUAUUUUCUAAUAAAUAAAUUAUUAUAUUUAGUAUGAUGCCAAUUUCAUAAAAAUAAUAUGAAUAGUAUUUGAAUGAUAGAAAUAUGAAAAUAUUUCAAUAUUGAAAAAUUUGAAGUUACGAUUUCAUUUAAGUUCAAAAUUUUGAAUUCGCAUUUUCGACUGUAAAAACGCAAAAUAAAUGAAAUAUAAAUGAUAAGAUAAAGAAAAUAUGAAAGGUACUUCAUAAAAAAAUAUACGAUAAUUUCUUUCUUCCGAUUGUCUCAAAAAGUACCAAAUCCGAUUAAUUUCGAAUGUUUUUUCUAUAUUCGUAUCUUUCUAUUCAAGAAGAAGGAGAAAAAAAAUCACAAAAUAGAUAGAUAUCGGAGUCUUUUUCUAAUCUUUAUGAUCCACUGAGAAUUCAAACCUCUCACGAUCCUAAAGAAACAAUCUCAACUGCGAAAUUCAAAAAUGGAGAAGCAUGAAAUCGAGUUUUGUAUCCUUGUACCAAUUUUAGCGAAUCUUUGUAAAAAAUCGUAGCCCAGAAUUUUUCGAUUUCUAUUCGUGUACCGUUUUUCAUUUUGUAAUUACUAAAUGUAUGAUUAAAAAAUCAAAAAUAAUUUUAAAAAAGAAAAAUUUUGCGAGUAAAAAUGAGGUUAUGAAAAUCGAAUUCGAUUCUCGAAGCGAGAAAUCGUUGCUGAACGUUUAAAGAAAAGUUUAAAUCAAAGAGAGGAAGUUUUACGAUUUCCUGAUGGUUAACCGUAUUUGCACAAUCACAAUAAACUUCAAGGCGGAAAGUCGCUUUUCAACAUUCGACUAUCUUCUGAAAUUCACAUUCGUAGAUAUAUCGUCGAGGAAUUCUUUCUAACGUAUUCACACAAACACAUCUAUGCAUUUACACAUGAGUACAGAAAUCACUAAUACACACGUACAAUACACACAUAAAAUAUAAUACUUGAUUCUUGUGAAAGCUUCUUAUAAAUCGACAUUUACGAAAAAUCAUAACUUCUUUUUAAACGAAAUGAAAAGGAAGUGAGAAAAAGAGAAAGAAAUAGGCAAAAGGUCUCUCAUUACGAAGCGUUGAACAUUUUGUAAAAGUUUUAUAAAUAGAUCUAUGUAGUUGAACAGCUGGACCAAUAAAAUAUAUAUCCGAUUGUA